AUGACAAGCAGUGAGCCAACAGUACUUAUCAUAGGCGCUGGUACCUUUGGCGCGUCUACUGCCUAUCAUUUGGGCAAACAAUACAAAGAUCCAUCGCGGAUUACUAUCGUCGACCGUUGGGAUAGCAAUACAUCCCUAAAACAAAAGCAAGCGGCAGCCAUCGACACUAAUCGCAUUAUUCGUACCGACUACGAAUCUCAUCUUUACUGCAAUCUUGCCAAUGAAGCCAUUCAUUUUUGGUUCUGGAGCAUAGCAGUACAGGGGCAUUUCCACAAAACCGGUUGGGUCGUGUUAGACAAAAAGAACGGUACUUUUGGCGAUGCGAUUAGAAAAACAUUCGUUGAGAGAGGAGGCGACUACACGCGCGAUCUAGAACCGCAAGAGCUGGACAAGUACGCUGUGACGAAAGGCAUCAAGGCUGCAGAAUAUGGAAAGGGCUACUUCAACCGCGAAGCCGGCUGGUGCGACGCGGAAAAAGCAACACAAAGCUUCACGAAGGUUGCAUUGGAGCUAGGAGUCAAGAGGGUGACUGGAGACGUGCAAGAGUUAUUGCUGAGCGCCGACCGACGCAGCCUAGCAGGUGUAAAGCUAAGAGAUGGUCAAAUUCUGAAAGCCGACAAGAUCGUGUUGGCAGCAGGAGCAUGGACCAGCUCUUUGAUGUCGCCGAUCGAGGAUGCUUUGAAGAUCCAGGAACCAGACCGCAUCGAGCGCCAGAUCACCGCUGUAGGACGGGUCUCUGCAUACUAUACACUGAACGAACAAGACACUCAGAGCAUGAUCGACGAAACAGUACCUGUAAUCGUCAUUGGCGGAGAGGUCGACAUCAUCCCACCCUCGCAACCGAACCGAACGCUGAAGAUCAACGACAUUAAGACAGAAAUCAUCAACACGGUUACGACCCCGUCCGGUCAUAAAAUCACUAUGCCAUCUCGAAGAAACCAGAACGAUGUCCCUGAGAGACUCAAGCGUGAAAGCGCAAAAAUCAUGCACGGUGCUAUGCCAGAUUGGACACGAAGCAAGCAACCAGACAGAUGGCGAAUUUGCUACGACGCCGUCACGCCAACCGAAGACUGGCUAAUGUGUCGACAUCCUCACAAAAGUCUCGCCAACUUGUACCUCGCCGUUGGCGGUAGCUUCCACUCGUACAAAUUCCUCCCCGUCGCCGGCGCAUACAUGUGCAACGUACUAAGCGGCAAGGGCAACGGUGAGGAGAAAGAUACGGCCUGGAAGUGGAAGACCGCCGAAGAACUGUCAUGUCGCAAGGGUAAGGAGUUUGGUGAAAGCCCCAGGGAUUGCGAUAAGAAAGAGUUGAAAGUGUUCACACUGUCACUCAACAGCUGCGCAGUCACCCAACUCGCGGACACACCAGACUACACAAUUCUUUCUCUAUCGUGUCACUCCAUCCUCCAACGUAUAGUUGAAGACAUGUCUUCCAUGGAGCAUUCUCCCGCCAACAACGACAACAGUGCUAAAGAGAACACCAUCACCAAGCCCAGUGAAGGCACGUAUAGAAGUUUACUCAACACCGACAACGACGUCACCGUAGACGAAGAGCUCGCCGAGGAUCAAGAAAUGGAAGACAGCUACGUGUUUGUAGAAGCCGAUUACCAUUCCUACAGCGAUGCCGCAUCUUCUGUCGCCGAAGGCUCGAGUUCAAGCUGUGAGCUCCCAGAGCGUGAAGAGGAUGAAGAUGCAAAGUCCAAGAGUGACGCUGGAAAGAUGGAAGAGCAGAAUGGCGGUGUCAGGAGGGGAUUUGUCAAGAAAGCGACGAAGGAAAAGCCUUCUGGUGGCGAAGGGAGUGAUGGUAAGGAUGACGGAGAAGAUCUGCCAGAAUUCGUGAAGAAGGAGCUGGGGGCAUGA